CAGGUCAAACGUACAGUCAGAGUCACCACGGAACAGCACGUGAGAGAAGACAUUCCACAACAGCAGGAGGGGUUCCCGAUGAGAGAAUGGUCCAUCACCGUGUCGAUGCUAGAUCUGAACGGCAAGGAGAUUCCUGCCACCAUUUUCGACAAGGUCACCUACCACUUACAUCCCACCUUUGUCAACCCAACCAGGGCGUUCAAGGAGCCGCCGUUCAGAAUCACAGAGGAGGGCUGGGGUGAGUUCGACAUGAUGAUCUCGUUCCACUUUGUGGGCAAGGGCGAACGCAAGUUAAGCCACGACUUGAACUUCUUGAAGGAGAAGUACACCGUCGACCACGUCAUCUCCAUCCCAACCAAGAAUCCCGUCUUGAACAAGCUUCUCUUGGAGAGCGGCCCGGUGCCAGGCUUCAACCCGGACGAGGCCGCCUUGGGUGACAAGAGAAAGGGCGAGAUUGCGGCGCCUGCCAAGACCAAGAAAUCCAAGACCGCCGCUGUGAAGGGAAACGUCGACUUGGAAAAGUUGGCCAACGGUUUGACCCGUUUAGGCGAGGACGACUUGAUUGUGGUGGUGCAAAUGGUCACGGAUAACAAGACCGCGGACAUGAAUAUCAAAAACGAUGUGGAUGAGGGUGAGUUUACGAUGGAUUUGUACACGUUGCCGGACUCGUUGUUGAAGAGUUUAUGGGACUAUGUUGAAAAACAUGCUAAAUAA